GUCCGUGACAUAGAAGGUUUAUCAACCAACCAUCCUGCACUCAAGGAUUCUACUUCUUUAUGCCCUGCAAGCCCAGCCCCUGAGACGGUUGAGGAAGCUUGUCAACAGCACUCGUCGGUUGCUGUGGCCGGCAGUAUAUCCUCGGGCUCAACUCCUCCGAAGGUGGGAAAACUUGAUCAGACGAAGCCAAGAGCGGAGAGAGAAGAUGGCGGGGACGGUGAAGGCGUCAGAUCUGGAGUCUGCACAUCGGAGCGCCAGGCCCCGCAGCCCGACGUGGAGAAUGUAUACGAGAAGCGGCUGCGUGAGCUGAACAUCUCUGGCACUGUGUUGGCUGUUUGCAACCUCGAGGACCUUCGGGGGGAAGUGGGUAUGAGUUUCGGGGAUUGGCAAUUGUUUUACAGUUUGAUCAGGCACCUAAAGCAAAAGUCAGAGACAGGACGGAGAAGCAAGCAGAAGACGCCCGUCGAGACGACGCAACCGUCGGUGGUUCUGGGUCAGGCUCGGGCUGUAGUCGCCGAACAUGGUGCACAUGUCGACGGGCAACUUGGGCCAUCCGGCCCUAGAGCGCCCAGUCCGACGAGCCCAUUCGAGGCGACUACCGUUGCCGCAGCGCAACUUGUCAGAACCAGCGGUCAGCCUCCUCCGCCACGCACACAUCGGUCGGGCCAAGCAAGAGGGAAGGCGUCUGUAGCCGCCAGCGAAGAAGCCAAAUCGCCGCUAACCGAUGGCAAGGCUGGCCAAUCGAGCCGGCCAACGCCUCCUUGCGGCGAAGAGGGCGGCAACCUCGGUGGCCUUGGCAACCAGGAGGCCGGUGAGCCGGACCGGUCGGGCUCCGGUCGGCCCAAGCGGCCACCGGCGGCAUUGGUACCGACCGCCAGUGUGUCCUGCCCGCCUGGCCUCUCGUUCUCACCAUCGCCACCGUCUUGUCAGUCGCCACGAAGCGCCACGCUCCCGCCGGACUCGAGCACCGCCAAGUGCCCCUGCCAUCGCCGGUCGGCACUGACGGCCGAGAUGACCGGGCCGUCCUCGAGUCGGCAGCGCAGGGCUCGUAGACGGCCCGGCGCCACUGCUCGGUCGCAGGUCGACUUGCGCACUGCCGAUGAAGACUCCGGCCUGAUGAAUGUGUCACCACGGCCGGGCGCCAUGACGACUCCGGCCCAGUGGAGAGGUAAGUGUCGUCAGGCGAGGGAAGAUGUUGGUCUCGGCCCUGACGCCGGGGGCAGGGACAAAAGCGCCGGGACCGGUAGAGGCAGCGGCAGCGGCAGCAACCUUUUCGGUCACAAUUAUGCGUUGACAGCCGUGGCACGAGGAGGACUCGGAGGCGCGGCUGUUGCGCAUCCGCUCUACCACAACGCGGUACGCUAUUAUCCCCACGCUGGACACCACCCCUCCGCCGCAGCGAGGCCCCCGCUCCUUUUCAUGCCUGGCGUCGGGCAUUUUCCCGGAUUGGGCGCCUUACAUGCUCACCCGCAUCCCCAUCUGCAUUCUCAUCCACACGCGCACGCUCAUUCUCAUCCGCUUUCCACGUCGCAUGCACUGGUUCGAGCGCCGCCCCAGUCGCCGCGAGCACAGAAGCUUCGACCAGAUGAUGAGCAACAUCAUCAUCAUUUCUAUCAUCAUUACUAUGGCGAUGGAGCCCAGCAGUCGUGUCUGGCCAGCCAGGCGCCCGAUGAGUCUCAACCGCCGGGUGUGAUGCUGCUGCAGACAUGCAAUAAGCAUCGUAUUCGCGCCAAGCCGGCGGAUGACUGUGCUGUUCGUGGAGCGCAUGAAACGCUCGUCAACAUCGGCACCUCGGGGCCCCGAGAAGGGGGCACCACCGAGAGCACCGGUACACUGUUCUCACAGACCACCAGCCCGGCCGCCGUCGAAGAGACGGGCAGUCGGCCGAAGGGUAGAGUUGACCGACCCUGUCAACCCUAUUACUGGUACUCACUUGAAGCGAAGGUGGUCCGCAGCGAGCCCGCUUCGAGGAUCCCGUCGCUGCCGCACUCAUCUUCAGAAAGUAAGUUGAGCGAUGCUGCACUGCCUGAGGGCAACGAAAGCAGUACUGGCCGCGGAAGCAACAGCCCCGGCAGCAUCGGCGAUUAUGAUGAUGGGGAGGAUGCGGAGCUGGAAGACGAGGAGGCCGAAGAAAUGGAGGAAGAGGAGGAAGAGGAAGAGGAAGAGGAGGAGGAGGAAGAGGAGGAGGAGGAAGAAGAGGAAGAAGAUGAGGAAGAGGAAGAGGAGGAGGAAGAAGAGGAUGAAGAGGAAGAUGAAGAAGAAGAAGAAGAGGGAGUAGAAAAGGCCAGAGGGCAGGAUGAUGAGAGAGAAGAGCAAGAGGACGAUCUCGAGAUGGAAGAGGAGGAGGAAGAAGAAGAAGAGGAUGGGGAAGUGGAAAACAGCGAUGUUUCAAUUAGUCCCAACUCGACCACUGUCGACCAUUCAGAUAUUGAUGGUGGAGCUUCUACAGAAGUAAUCGAGGUAGAACAUGAUGAUGAAGAUGAUGAUGAAAGUGAAGAUGUUUUGCAAGGAGAAGAAGAGAUGGAGACCGAUACUGUAGCGGAGAAUUUAAUUGAUAACCUUGAAGAAGAGGGAGGAUUAGAAGUAGGAGAUGAUGAUGAGGAGGAAGAAGAAGAGUCGGAGGAGGAGGAGGAGGAG